GGAACGGCCUGAUGAAAAUCGAACUGAAUAGGACCGAGAGUUGUUGACGGUCGUAAUUUUCUGACCUCACUCCGUUUUUAAAAUAAAAAAAGAUUUUUAUUUAUACACGCGAGUUUCUAACGAUAAAUAUUCAAAUCGACUAAUGUAGAAGUUUGUAAUUAAUAGGAAUAUGUAAUUAAGUAGUAUCUAGGAUUUGUAGUAAAAGUAAACAAAUGAAGAGGUUAGUUUACAAAACAUUUACAAGUUAACGUGGCGCUGUUUUAUCAAAAUAAAAGAGAAAAUAAUCUGUACAUGUCAAAACUGAAAAUUGGCCACAAGACAGUUCAAUUACUAUUGCCUUUUCAGCAAUUAUAAGAUUCAAAUUUGUUUCCUACUGUACAAGGUUGGUAAUUGGAUACAAGACUGUGUCUCUCUUGAAAUAUGGAAAUCCAAGUAACAAGAGGAAAAACAUAAUAGAUAAAUGGUUCUCUCAGCUGUAAAAAUGACAAGCAAUUUGUUAAUAUUUAUUCCGCAAACGUUGCGCACCGAGCAGUCCGGCUACGUGCUUGGUAAAGUGAUACACGAUUCCUGCAGUGACCUGAAAAAGUUCUACGUCGUCAGUUUGCGUAAGACGGCCUCGGUAGAGUUAACUAAAUCUACAUUAAGCGUUAUCGGAUAUUAUUCCAAUGGGAACGACGCGAUUGAGGAGCCCUUGGAACGUAUGUAUCCAAAUUGGGUACACAUCGCGACGAGAUCUUGCGAGGAUCGCCAGGACGACGGGUAUCAGCUGAUGAAUAUUGUUCUCAACAAUAAAAAAACGGAUCUAUUGGCGAUGCGCACGAUGAUCGUUGUGUAUGAUCAGCGAGCGUUGCAGGAAACAGAAUUGUUUGAGAGCAGCACAGCGUCAGGGGAUCACUUUUAUGAACUUGCAAGGCUCAUCCAGAGCAAGGACGAGCUGAGGAAUAAGUCUAGAUUCGUGCGUACCUGGGAGGCUCUGCUAACUUAUCACAUGUCCCUCUAUUUGUAUCCUGUCUUGUUGCUGUCCAAGGUAACGGAGAGAUUGUUACCAGUCUUGAAGUACUCUUCCCUUGGCCUGCACGUUUAUGACUGGCUGGAGAACGUCAAAUGGAUGCUGGUAACGGUCGUGCGGAACGGAAAUUUUAAACUGAAAACGGGAAACUACGCACUGGCAAUUGUGAUAGAUAUAGCGCUAGGAAUCUUCAUAUUGCGAUUAUUGCGAUAUUAUAUCGAGGAUCAGCCAUCACAGCUUCUUCUGAACAAUGCGGAGAAAGUCGUAGAGACUCUCAAGGACUUGAUUAAUUGGUUGAUGGGCGUACCAGCUGGCCUGAAACUUAAUCACGCCCUCAACAAUACCAUGGGCAAGUUCUUCCUAUAUCAUAUACAGCUCUGGUGGACGUUUCUAAUAUUCUCCAAACCACUUUUGGAUCUGGCAUUCGAAGUAUUGCUCUUGUUCGGAAGGCUGGGCAUUACGUUUCAAAUAUCUAUUAUCGCGGAUCUUCUGGCUCUUGUUAGUUUCCAUACAUAUUGCAUAUAUGUUUAUGCAGCAAGGCUCUUCAAUAUUCAGUUAAAAGGAAUCACAGCUCUCUUCAGACUUUUUCUUGGGAAGAAGAAGAAUCCUUUGCGCGAGAGGGUGGACUCCUGUCAGUAUCAAACGGACCAGCUGUUCGUCGGGACGCUGUCGUUCACCAUUCUUCUGUUCCUAAUGCCCACAACGUGGGUGUACUACACUGUAUUCACACUGCUCAGAUUAGUGUCAAUUGCAUUCAGUGGCUUUCUGACCAGGCUGAAGUUUUAUCUGCAAGUUAUGCCUGUUUACACUUUUUGGAAGUGGUUACUACGAUCUUACAGCACUUGCAGCAUCGUUGAUAUCAGAUUGCAUCCUUGUUGUACUGAAGAACUGACAGUAUUAUCAAUGACAAUGGUUGUGGCUCCAUGGAGGCUCACAUGGAAAAAGUGCAUUCCAGAUACAAUUAGUUGUCAUCCAGCCAUUGAGUGGUGCACAAUAUUGAAUAACAUUAUAUGGGGCCAUUUAUUGUAUCCAUUAUGAAAAACUAUCUGCAUCAAAUUAUAUCUUUUAUUUAUUCAAUAAAAGAUGUUUUUUUUUCUUAA